UUUCAACUGACGACUACUGCAUUACCGGAUCGUGGUUACGUCGUAGAAACCAUUCGUCUGUAGUGACAGACACUAACGCGCCCAGUUGCGCGACCGUGGAUACCACUGCUGUUUCUUCGAUGCCAAAGGAAACAAGUGUAUAAGGAAAACUAAAAUCAUCACCAUCGACAGUACAAGACAGCGAUUUACACGGUUCGGAGUCGUCGUCGUCGUCGUCGUCGUCAUCAUCAUUGCGUUUAUUGGCGACACGGCCAUCAUGACGCGCGCAUUGGCGAAAUCUCUUGUGUUUGCGGCCUUCAUACUAGGAGGAGCAGUCCUCUCAACGUGGGCCGAGUUCGACACAAAUAUAAUCGAUGCCGCCUUCAAUUCGGCUAUAGAGAAAAUUAACAAAAGGAAGGAAGAGGUCAGGGGCUUCGCCGCUCGAAGUAUCGGAAAGUGCCUUGCGACGUCUCUGAAAUGCCCCUUUGCCAACGGUCAGCACUUUCAAUCUCGCCCAUCGACGCGCCAGUCUAGAGAAAUUGCGGAUAAUGCCCGUAUCUUCGAAGAGGCAACAAAAGCACUUGCCUUUCGUACUAGUAAACACAGCAUUGUGAUCAGGGACGCGCCUUUAAGCGCCGCCGUGGCACAACGGGCCACUUAUGACGAGAUCAUACAAUUCAACGCCAUCAACUUGGAUAACACCGCGCUAUCCCAGGUUACUCAACGGUGUCGGGGGCGCCGACGUACUCAGUGCAAUCCCCGCCUCCCGUGGCGAACUGGCGAUGGCCGAUGUAAUAACCUGCGAAAUCCCCACUGGGGUCGUUCUAACUUCUGCAUGACACGACUUUUACCGCCGGCUUAUGAGAAUGGCAUCGAUGAGCCUCGCGGUGGACGGUAUAAUUCACGUCUGCCAAAUGCUCGUGUCAUAUCACGGCUCGUUAAUAUGCAGCGUAAUGUAUCAUCGCCCGGCUAUACGCACAUGUUGAUGCAGGUUGGACAGUUCAUCGAUCAUGACACAGCGCUCGCACCAAUGGAAGAAGAUCCGGGAGAGAUUAUCAACCUCGGAAAUCCCAACAACCCGAUCGACUGCUGCAGCGAAGACCGUCGUAAUGGAGAGGAGUGCUUCUCGUUCGAGAUUCCCCAGAACGAUGCAUUCUUCGGCGCCACCGGUCGAACGUGUAACAAUAUGCCUCGUAGUGCACCCUGUUCUACCUGUAAACUUGGCCAUCGUGAACAGCAGGAUGCUCUUACGUCCUACAUUGAUGCUUCCCAAAUUUACGGUAGUUCGGAUGACGACAAUAAUCGCCUCCGUGCUAAGGUCAAAGGCCUCCUUAAAUACCAGGUUGUCAAUAACCGUCAAAUGCUGCCACGCUCGUUUCAUCCCGAUGACGACCGUUGUUCGAUUCCAUCGGCAGGACAGUUCUGCUUCCGAGCCGGGGACGAGAGAGUCAAUGAGCAACCCGGCCUUACGGCACUGCACCUCAUUUGGCUACGCCAGCACAAUCUCGUCGCCCAGAAACUUAACGAAGUGAAUCCACAUUGGGACGACGAGCGUCUAUUCCAGGAAGCUCGGAGGAUUAUUACUGCCCAAUGGCAACAUAUUGUCUAUCACGAAUGGCUACCCAUCGUGCUGGGACCUCAGUUCCUUCGAUCAUUCAAUAUCCAGACUCAGUCACAGGGUUACACGAACUACGACCCUACCGUCGACGCUACGAUUAUCAACGAAUUUGCUGCGGCCGCCUUCCGCUUCGGUCACAGCCUUAUUGACGGUACCUUCCACCUGAUAAACAACCAGGGACGCGUCGGAGCCAUUCAGCUUCAGGACUUCUUUUUCUUCCCUUUCCCGUUCUACGAGGGUCAACUUGAUCCUGUGCUCCGAGGAUUGUUCCGACAGCCAGGACAGCAGUUCGAUCGUUUCGUCACCGACGAUGUCACGAACCAUUUGUAUCGGCUACGAAAUGAUUCUUACGGUCUUGACCUUAUUGCAAUGAAUAUUCAACGAGGCCGCGACCACGGCAUUCGGCCAUACGUCGAUUAUGUACGCUACUGCACCGGCAGGGAAAUUCGUACAUGGCAUGACUUGCUGUAUCUGAUGCCACAAGAUGCGGUCCAACAAAUCUCGCAAGCGUACGCACGUGUCGAAGAUGUCGACCUUUUUCCUGCUGGUGUAUCCGAGUUUUCGGUCGAAGGCGGUGUCCUCGGUCCGACCUUCGCCUGUAUUCAAGCGAAUCAGUUCAUGCGAGCUAAAUUUGGCGACAGAUUCUAUUACGAACACGGUAACCAGGCUGGAUCAUUUACGCCUCAACAGCUUCAGGAGAUUCGCAAGAUCUCGUUGGCUAAGAUUAUCUGUGACAACUCGGACGGCAUCCAAGAGUUGCCGCCCAACGUAUUUCGCCAUGAAUCGUUGAACAAUCCGACGACGGCGUGUACCGAGAUUGAUAGAAGUAACAUUCGUGCCUGGGCUGAGCAGUAACCACCCUGAUCGAUAUUCUAGUCAUAGCGCCAAUUGAUUCAUAUAUAAAUAAAAAAAAAAUAAUGGGUGACAGAACAGCAUCCUGCUUUGCCUUCAUCCUUCAGGGUCUUUUUACCUAUUUCUGGUGAGCAACUGUGUAACACAUCGCCUUUACGGUAACAUAUGAGAAGUUCUUUUUUAUAUUAUAAGUUUGCCCUCAAAAAUCAGAUAGGAUACAGCAUGACUAGUGACAAUAAUCAGGAUGACCUGAAUAAUAAACUAGACAGACUGAGUCAG